GGCAACGAUAACAUUGGCUCGUACAGCCACUUUCACGAUUCGAUGGGUGGCAAAUGCAGCGGUCAUUCAACUUCGUUAUGAACCCGGCCAACUUCAGUUUGAGUCCACACCUGCAUCGCUUGCGCGUGACAUCUGAACAGCACCUGGCCCUCUCUCUCUCUGCUCGCGUGCCCUUCGCCAAUGUGCAAUAGAGAAAGAACCAGCAGCAGGCAGGGGUUUGAAGCACGGUCACUCAAAUGGUGGUGUUAUGAUGGAUGCCUUAUUCACCGGCGGUGGUUUCAAAAGGACAGACAUCAUUGUGAAUGUAUCGCUUUCAAAAUUACGAUCGCCUCUCGCGACUGUAAGACGUUUUUUUUGCCUUUCUUGCGAGUGAUUAGCUCUUCGUCAAGUCUCUGCGGCCAGCGUGCCCAGCAUAUUCGUUCGCCCGUACCCUACACCGUGGCAGCCCUAUUAUUGCACUCACCGACCAAAACAAAAUUGAUGCACCAUUGCUCAAAAACCAAAACCCCAGUCACCCCAGCAUCAAAUGUCUUUUCUUUUUUUAAAUACCGCCUUUGGCACACUAUAUGCAUAUAAAUAAACUGAGAUCGUUUUCCUGUAAUUUAGAACCAAGUGCCAUAAAAAGCACCUGCUAAGUAAAAAAAACUGUUCCCCCUCCCAGGCCAGUUUGACAGGAGGGAACUGUGUAACAGUAGCGCCUGCCUGGGUAGGCACGGAUUCUCGUUUGGCCGUGUGCCCGUGCUGUGUAACAAGCAAGUUGGGGCCACUCCGAGCUGGGUUGAGUUUUGUUUGAAAGUCAGAAACAAGCCUACUGCAGGGAGCCAGUGUCGUCGGUUCCAGCUCAAGACUCGCGGAUGUGAUGCAUUGCACUGCAGCCUUGGGAGAGUGAACACAACUGUGCCUGUCCAGUGUGGGCAUCAUGACUGCUGCUCAUUUUUCAGAAUGGGUGACAUUUGAUGAAGAGCCCGGGGUCCCAGAGUGGGAGAAAGUCUCUUCCUCCGAUGCUAAUCAAUGCAGGGCCAACAUUGCAAAUGGAAUUGUCAAUUCUGCAUUUGACUCGCACUGUUUAGAGGGGGAAUCUGAGAUACGUAGCUAUGUCACUGAUUCUUUGAAUGAGCCACUCAAUAGUGAGACAACCUCUUCGCCAGAAUGUACAACCAUUUCUGAGUAUGAAUCGGAGCUGUACACUCCACUGCAUCCAACAAAUCCUUUUUUGACGAAUCUGCCUGAGCCAGCGCAGACAUCACCAGUUAACCCUUUUCAUUCAUACUGUGAGCACUUGGAAGAUGUAAUCUCGAAACCCUCAGGGGAAGGAGACUGGGGAAAUAACCUCUACUCAUCAUCAGUCACGUGCUUUCCCACUAAUGAGGUUGACGAAACCAAGCGAAGCUCUGGCUUCUCUGAUGGAACGAGCAGCCAAAUAAGUUCAGUGGAGUCUGGCCAUCAGGAAGAAUGUGCCGUGAAGCUGAAGCAGAGUCAUGCCGUAGACUCGCAUAGCCUCAAUAAUCUACCAUGCUCUUCUGCUGUUGUCUCAUCGCUGUGCGUGCAUUGCCCCGACUAUGUCGCUCAGAGUGAGGGUUGGCAUCUCAUGCUGCGGAUCCCGGAGCGGAAGAGCAAGAUGUCAUCUCGACAAUGGGGACCUAUCUAUCUUACUCUCAAGGAUGGGCUGAUGCAAUUCUACUACGAAAAAGGCUUAGAAAAGCCUUUUAAAAAGUUCACGUUGCAAAUUGGCCACGAGCUUUCCGAAUUUAGACUGGAGCAUUUUAACGAGCUUGGCAAAAUUCACACUCUACGAAUCGAGGCCGUUGCGUACAAAGAGAAGCGUAAAUUCCAGGCAAAGCCAACGCUCUUGUUUGCUGACAACAGGUCGGAGCUGCUGAAGCUUGGCACGACCGAUUACGGUGACUUCACCAGUUUCGUGCAGUCGGUACAGGAUGAGCUGAUGAAGCUGCCAUGUCCCGUGGAAACAAAUGUGGCAUAUAUGGAGGAUAUGAUGCUGGUGGAGGUCUCCGAUGAAUUUCAGGGCAUUCUAAAUGUGGAAAAUGACCUCGUACAACAUGCAGUUACUACACAUAUUCAAACGGUUGCCUUUAUUUCUGGAAAUCACGAUUGCUGCCUCAACUUUCAUAAUUGCGACACAAAUUCGACGGAAACUGCGUUCACUGAAAUUGACAGCAUGGCUUUCUAUGGCUAUCAAUUCCAUUCCUGUACCAAAAUUGUAGAGUUCAACGCAUCCAAAAUGGUUAAAUUCACCCCGCCAGAUGCUUGCAAGAUUGAGCUGCUGCGAUUCCGCACAAUUUUCCCAGAAAAGGGACUCCCAUUUCUGAUAAAAACCAUAGCUACUGUUCAAGGAGCCUUUAUUGAGCUGCAGUCUUGGCUGGUGAUGUCAACAGAGUUCUCAUCAAAUCAGAGCCCCCACUUGCUUGUCCCAUGUGAGAAUGUUAUGGUACGAUACCCUAUCCCGGCAGACUGGGUAAAAAUCUUCCGCACCGAGAACCUCAUCAAGCAAAAGUCACUGACCGCUAAAGUGAAUAAGAGCGCCAAGUUUGGCAGUGUCAGCUGCACCGGUUUAGAGCCAUUGAUGCAAGUGACCAUUGGAUCUGCAAAAUAUGAACAUGCGUUCAAUGCUAUUGUGUGGCGCAUUGAGAAGCUACCAGAUAGGAAUGUUGCUGCAGAUCAUCCUCACCGCUUCUCGUGUCGCUUGGAGCUGGGAUCAAACAAGGAGCUUCCUUGUGCAUUCUUCCGCUCCGUGGACGUGGAGUUUGACAUGCCAGCGGCGAUGGCUUCCAGGACCCUGGUGGGUUGCGUCAGCUCGCCUGCGAAUCCCAACCUGGGCAGAUGUGUCACCUACAAGUCUCACUUUCACUGCAAGGUGGAAAUGGAGCGAAGGUGGUUGCAUCUGGGAGAUACUGAUGUGGAAGAGAGACCUGCAGCAUGUGCGCUGCAGUGAAGGCAAUAAUGACUAUUGAUAACGGAUUGAAUAGCAGCAGGACUCGCUGAAGCCGAACAUCAAUGCAUGACAAAAGUCAUACACAAGGCAUGGGGUAAUGCCACGUGGGUCGAGGGCCUCAUUUUCCACUUCAACUAAUUGAGGCCUAAUGACCCCAGAAGCCAUGUGAUAGAGAUAUAUCAUACCUUGAUGCGUGUGAUUUACACUCCAUUAAACCUGAACUCGUUUUUUUUUCCCCUCUGAACACCCCCACAUUUUUCAAGAAAAAGCCAUAAAAUGUGACCUCGUAUUUGUUUUAUUUUCUUUCCAUACUUCCUCUGCUAAGGUUUGACCAGAUGUGUUGUUCAACAAAGUUUGCUCCGGCUCUUGUGAAGUAUCAACAGGGAAAAUAAACUCAGCGAUCUCUAUUGAUUGAACACAAACUCACAGUGUGACACACCCUUGGAUAGGUCUCCCUGUUCACACACCAUUACAUUUUUUUCUAUUGAAAAUCACAGUCACCCCUGCAAGUUAAAGAUGAGGAUCAUAAAACAUUUGAGUCAUCCCCAUAUAGUAGCUAAGGGAACAACAUGUAUGAUUGAUGUAUGUAUGUUGAAUUUAAAUUGUUUGAUACUGUAUUUAUCAGUUGUGUAUCAUCUGUGAAUGCAUUACAUCACGUGAAUAUCUUCCAAAAUCUAAAUGGAAAAUGUAACCUUACAGUAGUUCAAAUUGAAUGUUAAUGCUCUUUUUGUUUGUUGUUGACAGGGCUUAAUUUCUCAUAGAAUAAUUUUCUGGAACUCACAACCCCCUUGGAAGGGGGGAGGGGGGGAUAUCUUCCAGAGCAGAGCUUCAGUUAGAAUUAAGCCCUGGUUGUUUAUGACUAAAUACAAUGUGGAGUAUACGUGGAAUGUAAGACUAUAAUGCAGUGGAGCAGAACAGCUCUGUUGUACAAUACUGUGUACUGCAUGGACAUUUGUUGUCUAUUCACUUGAGGGUAAAAAGGGAUACAAUGAAUCAUCACCUCCAGGGUGCAUAGAGCAUCUGUAGUGACUGUACAGUUUUUGUGGAUGAUACACACAAAAAAAACUCGCUGUAUACUAUUUGGAAAUUACAAAAAACACUUUUUGCUUGUACCAAUAACAAUGUAAAUCUAUACAUUGCUACAUCCCCAUUGAAUGUGUUUUUUGUAAGUUCUGUAUAGGAGCAUCUUUUCCUCACGUGGCAGAUAAUAUUCAUUAAUGCCACCAUAGUCAAUUAUAUAACGAUUAUGCAUUGGAGAAGAACUUUCACUUAUCUGAGGUGAUUUGUGGAUGACCAUUGCUGAUCUCAUUUUCUGCAAUGCCACCUUCAAAUUUACUCUUAUUUGUCCACAGAGGGAUGCAAAUUAGUUUUUUUGUUGUUGAUAAUAGGGUCCACAGAUUAUAGGAAUCACAGGAAAUAGGGUCACAUAUACGAGGAGUUCUACUCUUCAUCCUCAACCAAGUAUUGGCCGCGGCCUUUAAUUUCAACCUGUCGAACUAAAUAUUCAUGAGACCUGCUCUUUUUGCUGUGUGCCUGCUUUGGUUAUGACCUGCAUAUGCUUCUAACCAGGCAAGUGUUAUUUACACAUCAUCACACUCAAUUAAUGCUUGCUCUUUUAUAUAUAUGCUGUAAUUUAUUUAUGGUCAAUGUAAUUUUUUUCAUGUAACUUUUCGAAGAGUUAAAAAGUGCACGUAUUUUCUGUACGUGAUUCGAGUCGUGAUGAGCACAAGUCUAGUGGUGAUCAUUGAUGGCAAGUACUCGAUCGUAAUGGAUUUUGGUGAAGUUUAGUACAAAGGAAUACUCUGUGUAUGGCAAUGUAGUGUUAACGGAGAGUUGUUGAUGUGGCAACAGCGGAUUUAUCCUUCAGAAUGCAAACUCAAGACUUCCCUUCUCUGUGUUACUCUAUUUGCUGUUUGUAUUCUCAGUUAUACCCUUUAGCCAGUUCUUCCCCACACCACGUACAGUACAAGCCUGCUGCUCACACUCUUCUGUAAAAAAAAAAAAAACUCUUUUGUCUUUCAUAUUUAUAGAUUUUAAUUUUUAUUGUGGGUUUUUUGCUUUUAUUAUCUUCAAUUUAUUAUUUUUCUUUUAUUUUUAUUAUUUAAAUUUCUGUGGGUUUUCUUAUCUACGUGACUUUACCGAAAGAAACAAGAAUAUUUAAAGAAAACCUCUUUCCUGAUUGCCUGCCAUUCGCCAUGGCUUCCACACCCCCAUUUAUAUGCUGUAUUACCCUCUACAGCCUGUUGAAAUUGACCAUACGAUAUAUUUAGCCACCUUAUCAAAAUCUAUGCCUUCGUGAUGUGUAUUGAUGCAGUUUAGUAUUGAUUGGUUUAUUUUAAAACCAUAAUAAUGUCAUGAUUACAGUAUUCAAUGCAGUCUAGUGCAUUGAAUAGAGAGAACAAAAGGCUGAAUAAAAUAUUUAGACUUGUAAAAUUGAGUACGGGAAAGUGGUUAACGUGCAAAAAUUAAGACAUUUGAACAACUGUUUGCAACUGGGAGGAGUAUCCAAUGCAAAGCUGUUGAAUAAUAUCACGGACAGAGCUAAAUGGAACAAAGGCGCCUUUAAGAAAGGGCACAGCACACAGAGUAGUUUAGUGUGGAUACUCUUUGGUUCUAUUCGGUGUGGGCUACACAAGUGAUCCACACAACCGAUUUCUAUGGUUCGUUAUUGUUUUAAGCCCUUAUGGGGCAAGAGCAAAUUAAUCGUUGUUACACCCGAACUAUCUGGCCGGUGUCAUUACCUGGUGAGCUAAAUCUGAUCCACUAAAUGUGUCUUGAAAUUGUUAACUAGAGAAAACUCUUAAAACACCCCACUCUUACACAGCACCUGAGUGGGUUGUGUUUAAGUGCAUCCUAGACAUGUGUAGUAUAUAGUGUUCUGUAUUUAUUGUCGAUGUUAUCACUUAUUACAAGAGCAUGCUGCUUAGUGCUCAUUAAUUUAUACAGACGUAGAAGACCCCGUUGCAUUGUUUUCAAGAGAAUAGUAUUAUGGUAUUGUUCAAUGUAAUUUUCCACGGUUUAAAAAAAGGUAAUUUGAGACGUUGAAUUAUUUUAAGGAUAAUUAUCAAAUAUACGUAAACAUCAGUUAUUGUAUACAUAUAUUACUGUAUAAAAAUAAAUGAGCCGAAAGUAUUGUACAAUUAUGUCAAAAAACAACACGGAAUACAUAUUUGCCUGAGCUCAGCCCUGGACAGCUCUGGCUGAAGUUAAUCCCUGGUUGUAACACAGUCGUGUACAGUAUAUAAUAUAGUCUAAUACAACUGGUGAUUGUUUUAUUUAGUUAAAGACAGAUUUUUUAAAAUCAAUAUUAACACAACAGCAGCACAUCAUCUUUUUCUUGAUCAGAGCAUGCUAUUGUAUUUGUUAAAAAAAACAGCUCUUAAUGCCAUUUGUUAAAUGGAAAUGUUUGAAUUAAUCCUGCAUCCUUUUUCAUAUAUACGGUGGAUUUAGGUUUCUAGAAAGCUCAACGCAGUUCAUUAGCCUUCUAAUUAAUGUUAGAUCUUACAACGUACUUUCCUCAAAGGAAAUAGGUUUUGGAAUAUGCGUUGAGUAAAGUUUGUACUUUAUUCAGAAAAAUGAAAGUGUUAACAUUUUCUACGACGAGAUGUGUAUUUUCAUUAAACUUUACAUUGAUUUUUUUAGUUUAAAAAAUGCACAGGUAAGUUGUGCGCAUUGACAGUUUUCCAUCGGUAAUGUGGUAAACAGAUCAAUAAACUAAUUUAUAGCAAUGCAGUACCUACUAAUAAAGGUUGCCCUGUUUCCA